AUGGCUACUCUCAUGAAAGAGAUGGAUAAAAAACUUGAAUUUGUUGGAGCUACUCGUUCUACUAACCCUGUCUUUGGCACAACUUCACAGGUUAGGAGAGCCGCUAGGGAAAAGAGGAGAGGCAAGCGACCUGCAGUAGGAGACGAAUCUGAGGAUGAAGAUACUUCUUCUGGCCGUAGUACUGAUGGAGAACGGUCCGUGGGAUCAGCAAGAUCAGUGAGAACAGGACGUGCAGCCUCCCAAGCAAGAUCCCCUACACGCCAUGCAGCAAGGAACAGACCAGAUGAUAACCUUGGGAGUCUCAAACUUCGAAUACCAGUCUUCAGUGGAACCAGCAAUCCAGAUGCUUAUCUUGAAUGGGAAACGAAGAUUGAGCGAGUGUUUGAUUGCCAGCACUACUCAGAAACAAAGAAGGUGAAGCUUGCUGUGACAGAAUUCAGUGGGUAUGCUUUGCAUUGGUGGGAUCAGAUUGUUACUACUAGGAGAAGGACUGGAGAGCCGCCAGUUGCUUCAUGGUUUGAGCUCAAGACACUCAUGAAGAAGCGGUUUGUCCCAAACCACUAUGGUAGAGAGAUUCAUCAAAAGCUGAGGAGACUUACCCAAGGAACCAAAGGCGUGGAGGAUUACUAUCAAGAGAUGGAAAUACUCAUGAUCAAAGCGGCUGUUGAAGAAGCUUCUGAAGCUAAUAUGGCUCGAUUUCAGGCUGGGCUUAACAGAGACAUCCAGGACCGCUUGGAGAUGCAGGAGUAUGAGGACAUCUAUGAAUUGCUUCACAAAGCAAUCCUCAUUGAGCAGCAACUGAAGAGAAAGUCCUCAACCAAAGGAUCCUAUGGCAACAACUACAAAGCGCCUACUACCAAAGAUGACAAGUCUUUUGUGAAACCCAAGGAAGAGCAUGAGGACAAGGGAAAGGCACCAGCUGCUAGAUCCAGGGAUGUGAAGUGCUUCAAAUGUCAUGGUUUUGGGCACUAUGCCAAUGAGUGCACCAACAAGAAAGCAAUGAUCCUCUUGGACAGUGGUGAGGUGAUAUCCGAAGAAGAAGAGGAAGCCAUAGACUAUCCAGUUCGUGGAGAACUACUUGUCACAAGGAGAUCAUUGGCAGUACAAUCCAAGCUAGAUGAAGAUAAUCAAAGGGAGAAUCUGUUUCAUACUCGUUGCAUAGUUUAUGAAAAAGUAUGCAGUUUGAUUAUAGAUGGAGGAAGCUGUACUAAUGUUGCUAGUGAAGCUCUUGUAGAAAAGCUUGGAUUGAAAACAGGGAAGCAUCCUAGGCCAUACCUUCUACAAUGGUUGAAUGAGGAGGGCGAGCUGAAGGUCACUGAUCAAGUAAUGGUUCCUAUAACCAUUGGAAGAUACCAAGAUGAGAUCGUGUGUGAUGUUCUGCCCAUGGACUCUAGCCAUAUCUUGUUGGGAAGGCCUUGGCAGUAUGAUAGAAGUGUCAUUCACGAUGGUUCACUAACCGGCAUUCCUUCACCCACAGAGACAAGAAGAUCGUACUGGCACCUUUGUCUCCACAAGAGGUACAUGAGGAUCAACUUCAACUAA